AUGGCGUCGUACCAGAUUCAACCGCCAGAAAAUUUUACAUUCACAAAACCUGAGGAGUGGCCGAAACGGAUUAAACGAUUUGAAAGGUUUAGAAUAGUUUCAGGCUUAAAUAAGAAGGAUGAGACAAUUCAGGUUAACACACUUGUUUACGCCAUGGGCAAUGAAGCUGAAGACAUUUUUCAUUCGUUCGGAUUGGGGGAAGAGGACGCAAAGAAAUACGAGAAGGUCAGUGAUAAAUUCCAGGAACAUUUUGUGUCGCGCAGAAACGUCAUCUUUGAAAGAGCCAAAUUUAAUCAAAGAAAACAACAUGAGGGUGAGUCCGCAGACAGUUUUAUAACAGCACUGUAUACAUUAAUUGAACACUGUGAGUACGGACUACUUAAAGAUGAGAUGAUUCGAGACAGAAUAGUUGUAGGCAUAAGAGACAGUAAACUCUCAGAAAAACUUCAGAUGAAUCCGCAACUUAAACUCGAAGAAGCAAUCAAUCAAGCACGUCAGAAAGAGGCUGUACAGAAACAACAAGCUAUUGUGCGCAAUGAACUUACCUCAUUCUCAGGAGAAACAUCAAGUGUAGAUGCUGUAAGUAAUUCGAAGAAACCUACAGUAAGAAAGAAACAUUUCCAAAACAGUCAAUCUGGAAAGCCUGGCAAGAAAGAAUUCAUGAAACCGUUUGGUGGACACAAUAACAAAGGAGCAUCAUCAUCAUGUCACAGAUGUGGUCAUUCGCAAGCUCACGGAAGGGAUGGAUGUCCAGCUAGAAACCAGAAAUGCAACAAAUGCCAUAAAAUUGGACACUUUGCUCGAAAAUGUCAAAGUUUGCAUGAAAUUGCCAUAGAAUCGGAUGAAGAUGAAGAAUUCUUGGGGGCGAUACAUGGAAGUGCAAAUUCUGGUGACAGCAAACCGUGGUUGACAACAAUUCAAGUGGACGGACAUUCAGUUGAAUUCAAAAUUGAUACCGGUGCUGAUGUUACAGCAAUACCCGAGCAAAUAUUCAAGACAUUGAAUGUGAAAAAUCUACAAUCUUCGCAGAAAAUUCUGAAAGGCCCUGGUAGAAACACUUUGAACGUGAUUGGAAAGUUUCACUGUGAAUUCUCUCUGGAAAACCGUAAAGCGCAUCAGGACGUAUAUGUCAUUAGAGGUCUCAACAAAUCACUUCUUGGUAGACCAGCUAUUGAGAAACUUGACAUUGUCAAACAGAUUGCAAGCCUGCAGCUGCACUCUGAUUACAAGCAGAAAUUCCCUUCACUUUUCAAAGGACUUGGGAAACUACAGGGGGAGUACGAGAUAAAGCUUCAAAAGGACGCACAACCGUACGCAGUCACAACACCCAGGAGAGUGGCGUUACCCUACCUAGAGAAAGUCAAAGCCGAGCUGCACAGAAUGGAGAGCUCAGGAGUUAUCUCAGUCGUAGAUGAGCCGACAGACUGGUGUUCAGGUCUCGUUGUGAUCCCAAAGAAAAACAACAGUGUUAGACUUUGUAUUGACUUGACACAACUCAACAAGUGGGUACGAAGGGAGAACUUUCAACUGCCAAGCACAGAGGAGACCCUCAACAGACUCGCAGGAGCCAAAGUUUUUUCCAAGCUAGAUGCGAACAGCGGAUUUUGGCAAAUACCUCUAGCUCCACCGUCUAGACUCUUAACCACGUUUAUAACACCUUUCGGGCGAUAUUGUUUCAACAGAUUACCUUUCGGGAUAUCAUCAGCCCCAGAGUACUUCCAAAAGAGAAUGCAGAUGAUCUUAUCUGGUUUUGAGGGAGUUUUAUGUCAGAUGGACGAUGUUCUCGUGUUUGGAGCCUCCCAAGAGGAACAUGAUAACAGACUAGAAAAUGUGUUGAGGAAGCUGUCAAAGGCAGGCAUUACACUUAACAGUGAGAAGUGUGAGUUCUCAAAAGAUCAGAUCACAUUCGUUGGACAUGUGAUAGACAAGAAUGGAAUCCAACCAGAUCCAAAGAAAGUGUCAGCAAUCAAGAAUUAUGAGGCACCACAAAAUGUGACAGAAGUUCGUCGCUUCCUAGGAAUGGUGAAUCAGCUCGGACGGUUCACUGCUAACUUGGCAGAGCACAGCAAACCAUUGAGGGACUUGUUACACAAAGACAAUGAGUUUACAUGGGGACCUCCACAGGAGCAAGCUUUCAGCAAAAUAAAAGAGGAAUUGAGUGAUAAGACUGUGUUAGCCCUGUAUGACCCUAAAGCACCGACAAAGGUGUCAGCAGAUGCGUCGUCGUAUGGUCUUGGAGCCGUACUCCUACAAGCGACAGACAACAGUACUGACCAUUGGAAGCCAAUUGCCUAUGCAUCAAGAUCUAUGAGCCCAACAGAACAACGAUACGCGCAAGUCGAAAAAGAAGCACUGGCAGUGACAUGGGCCUGUGAAAAAUUCUCCGAUUUCUUGAUUGGUAUGAAAUUCAGCAUAGAGACAGACCACAAGCCUCUCAUUGCAUUAUUAGGAUCAAAGGCAAUUUGUGAUCUUCCACCUAGAGUUCAGCGUUUCCGCAUGCGACUGAUGAGAUAUGAAUAUGAGAUAUACCAUGUCCCUGGUAAAACACUAUACACAGCGGACGCACUCUCUAGAUCGCCACAGCGAGAAAUUGGAAGAGAAGAGGAGGAGCUACAGACAGCUGUAGAAGCGUAUGUAGAUAGCAUCAUAGAAACUCUUCCUGCAAGUGAGUCACUUCUAGAAGAAAUUCGGAGAAAACUGCAUGAGGACAGCGUUCUGAGAAUUAUCAUGAAGUACUGUGAGGAGGGCUGGCCUGGUUAUGAGUAUCCAACGAUCGACCUUGUCACUCGUCCUUUUUGGCAGAUAAGAGAGGAACUUUCCAUCUGUCAAGGUUUACUCAUGAGAGGGAAUCGACUUGUCAUUCCUACAGUUCUCAGAGCCGAGAUGUUGCAGAGAAUUCAUGAAGGACAUCAAGGGAUACUGAAAUGUCGGGAAAGAGUCAGGAAUUCAGUUUGGUGGCCAGGGAUAAAUCGUGAGAUAGAAGACCUGGUGAAAAGCUGUUCGGUAUGUGUGAAAAACAGACAUGAUCAAGCUGAACCUCUACGAACAACCAAAUUCCCAGACAGACCAUGGGAGAUGUUAGGAACAGACUUGUUCCACCUGAAAAAUGACAACUACUUACUUGUCGUUGACUAUUUCUCUCGCUAUGUUGAAAUAGCCAAGUUGAAAAGCACUACAUCACAGUCGAUCGUAAAUCAUCUGAAAUCGAUUUUCGCUAGACAUGGUAUACCAGAUAUUCUGGUGUCUGACAAUGGACCACAGUAUUCUAGCUCAGUCUUUCAGACCUUCUCCAAGGAUUAUGGUUUUCGACAUCAAACGAGUAGCCCUCACUAUCCACAAGGAAAUGGUGAAGCGGAACGUGCCGUACAGACUGUUAAACGUUUGAUAAGAAAUGCAGAUGACCCGUACCUUGCAUUAAUGGCUUACAGAGCAACGCCAUUAAAGAAUGGAAGCAGCCCAGCCGAACUCUUAAUGGGGAGAAAACUUCGGACAACUUUGCCGGAAAAUCCAAGAAACUACUACCCGAAAUGGCCAGACUUGGAAAGAGUACGUCAAGUGGAAGAACAAUAUCGUCAGAACCAAAAACUUAACUUCGACAAGUCAAGGAGAGCAAGACCGUUAUCUCAGUUGAACGCCGGAGAAACAGUUUGGGUGAAGGGAGAAGGAGGAGGAACAACUGGGACAGUCAAGGCCAGGACACAACAAAGCGACCGUUCUUACAUUAUUGAAACAGACAACGGACCAAUUCGCAGGAAUCGACGACACUUGGAACCAGCUAGUAUGUUGAAGGAUGAAGUAUUCGCAAGUGAUACUUUCGAUGAAGAUAACGCGCAGUGUGAAAAAAAUCCUCCACGUGAAAAUGUGUGUGAUGAAAAGUUGUCGUGCGAAACCCAAAACCAAUCUGCGACAAAUGUGAAUAACAAACCUGUGCGCGUCGAUCAAACAAGUUCGCGCAUCACCAGAUCUGGUAGAGUGUCCAAGCCAGUUCAGAAACUGAACUUAUGA